UCGCUCCCUGGCUGGUGGUUAGAGCAGGGAGAGGCUGAGCACCAGGACUCCUGGGUUCUCUCCCUAGCUUGGGGAAAGGAGCGUGCUCUGGUGGUUAGAGCAGGGAGAGGCUGGGAGCCAGGACUCCUGGGUUCUCUCCUCGGCUCUGGGAGAGGAGUGGGGUCUGUUGGUUGGAGCAAGGGGGAGUUGGGCACCCGGACUGCUGGGUUCUCUCCUGCCUGCUGGGUGGGGGGUUACAGUUCAGACACUAGGACAGUUCCACCUUAUCUCAGUAUCUUUCCUGCCUUCCACUGACGCUGUGUCCAGUAGACAGUCGCUAGGCAGGGGAACGUUAGUGUAGUCAAGGAAGUUGGCAUAGGUGGGGCUGGUAAUGGGGCCUGGCCUGUGUCACGCAUGGUGCUCGGCGCUGGCCCUGGGAGCCAGGACAGGCUAGGGGAGGGGAGCAGGGUCUAGUGACCAGACUCUGGUGACGCAAUGGAGGGACGGGGCCCAUCCACUGGGAAAGCUUUUGCUGCCCCCCAAGCUGACCCUGCAGGGGGAGCCCCGCACACGGGAUCCGAUGGGCCGGGGGCGACAGAGCCAGCCCUCACGCUCAGCUCCCCCUGCCGCUUCUUCUUGGAGGGCGGUUGCCGCUUUGGCGCCCGUUGCCGGAACCUCCACCCCGGUGCCCCGCCCGGCACCCCCCAGCCGUCCCCUGAGCCCAGCAGCAAGAAGCCCUCCAGCAAGAAGCCCCCCAUGAAGACAGCAGGGGACGUCAUCUCCCGCAUCCUCUGGGACCAUCAGCUGCUGCCCAGUGAGUUCACCGUGGGCCACCUGGACCGCUUCUCCGGCGUGCGGGAAGACGCCUUCACGGCCUUCUGCUGGGAGGACCUGGCCUCGGUCGGGCCGGAGGUACUGGCCAUACCCCAGCACAGGAUUCAGUACUUCAAAUAUCGCGGCCGCGUGGUGUGGGACAAAGCCAGCCGGCUGGACGAUGUCUUCGGCUCCACCGGUGGUGGCCGGACCAUCCUGGAGGUGAUGGAGGAAGAGGCCAGGCACCAGCAGGCCGUGGGAAUGGGGGACGGCGGAGCCGGGGUGCUGGAGGAGGUUGUAGCUCUAGAGAGUGAAGAGGAGGAGGAAGAUGAUGAAGCUGAGCCUGGAGAUCAGAGCCACCCCCCAGCAGCCUCCCGCCCCACCCAUUUUGUGGCCGUGCGCAUCACCAGCCCGGAGCUGCGGGGUUCGGUGGCCCGGCUCCAGGCGGCCCUAAGCCAGGCCGACCCUACCUUGGCCGAGUUCUGCGCCCCACUGGCUACCCUCCACCUCACCCUCUGCCUCCUCCGGCUGGACGGCGCUGGUGAGAUGCAGGCGGCUGUCACUGCCCUGCGGGAGCUGCAGGCCGAGCACCGGCGCCUCCUGCCACCCGCCCCGCUCCUGCACUUCUGGGGCCUGGACACCUUCCAGCGCCGGGUGCUGUAUGCUGCUCCUGCGCCCAGCCCGGAGCUGGCGGGGCUUGCCCAUGCCCUGGAGCGGGGAUUUGCCUGCAAGGGUCUGACCGUCAUCCCGCUCCUGGCCGACGAUUGUUUCCAUCUCACCGUGGCCAAGAUCCCGGUGGGUGGGGAGCCGAAGCUGAGCCUGCCCCCGGAGGCCCCUGGGGAGGAGCUGGGGACCCAGGCCGUGGAAUCGCUGUGUCUGUGCCAGGUGGGUGGGGGCAGACGAACCGACGGGUUUUACAGCACCCUCGUGGAGCUGGAUCUGUACUGAGACGGCGCCCCACGCCAGUCCCCAAAUCCCAGCGCAGAUC